CGUCAGACAAUAGACAAGAAAAUGCACUAACUGGUUCCAGUAUGGAAUGUGUUGGUAUAAAAGCAAAAGGCUGCAGGAUUCUUCCUCAUAAUACCUGGCAAAAUGAAGAUCCUGCUGCUCGCUGUGCUGGUGGGGCUCCUGUGUAGCACUCAAGUGCACACGCUCAGAUGUUUUACUUGUGAAAGUGAUGUGGACUGCAAGACUGCGGUAGAAUGCCCACCAUCGGCCAACUACUGCAAGACUGUUGUGAAUGGUGACACUUUCUCUCGAACCUGUGAGGACACAUGCGUUGAAGAGGUGGAUGUGACCUGCUGCCAAGAGGAUGACUGUUGAAACCGAAAGGAAGCAUCACAGCAUUCUCAACUUUUCCUUUCUGUUAAACCAACAAAAUUUUAUAAAAGAUAAUUUUAAGAUGUCACAAGCCUAUAAUGUGACAUGAUCGGAGAAAUAGUCUGCCUUUAACUCUUAUUGCUUUUGCUUGUACACUUCAUUACCCCAUGAAAACAAUAAAAUAAAAAAAUAAAAGAAAUGAAAUGAC